GUGUGUGUGUGUAAUUGCAAGUUGCAACCCAUAUGGGCAACACUUGGCUGGUUCACUGGUGUCUCCUCUGCCUCCCAUCGCCGAUGACACUGUCACCCACACCCACUUCCAUUUUCCAAAUUUAGAUUUCAGAUCUGUCAAACCCUCCUUCCUUUCUCCCUAAAAUGCUCCCAAAUUCGAGUUUCUAGAACUUGAAAGUACGUGGUGUACCAAGGUCUGCUCUACUCGGGUUGAAGUAAAAUACUUGAAUUUGAUCUCCGUUACUCGAUGGGAAUUCUACCUGGUGUUGUUCGAACUAAGUUCGGGUUUACCGUGUUUGUACUUGUUGGUGAAGUUUGAAAUUUGACCUGAAUUCUUCCUUCUCAUUUCUGCUAUCACAAAUCGAUCUACCUGAAGAUAAGCAGGAGUGUUUGUUUUUAUCAUCUCCGCUUUCUGCGUUUUACUUCCGUUUCUUGGACUGCUGGUGGUUUAGCGGCUGUCUGACGGAAAUGGGUGCCUCAAAGAAAUGGAUCAAAGCAUUGCUUGGUCUGAAGAAACCAGAUAAAUCACAAGUUUUAGAGAAUGAUGAAAAUAGAUCGGGGAGCACUGGCAAGAUUUGGCACCGAAGAAAGCACUCUGUUGAGAUUGAUAACAGCGUACUUGAAAAUGAGUUGAAUCAAAAUGUAGUUACAGCAAUUGAAGACGCCAAGGAUGCUAACUUCCAAUCAGUUUCAGAUUCAGCCAGCUCCCCGUCUACUUCACUUCAGGUGCAAAACACAGCUCAAUAUCAACAGAAUAUGAGGGAAGAAUGGGCAGCCAUACGCAUCCAAACAGCCUUUAGAGGAUUUCUGGCUAGACGAGCUUUACGCGCAUUAAAAGGAUUGGUGAGACUUCAAGCACUUGUUAGGGGCCAUGCUGUAAGAAAGCAAGCUGCCAUUACACUCCGUUGUAUGCAAGCUUUAGUAAGAGUUCAGGCUCGUGUCCGAGCAAGGCGUGUUCGUAUGGCACUGGAGAAUCAAACAGCACAACAGAAACUUCAACAAAAACUUGAACACGAGGCUCAUGUUAAAGAAAUUGAAGAUGGGUGGUGUGACAGUGUUGGGUCUGUUGAAGAAAUCCAAGCCAAGUUGUUGAAAAGGAAGGAGGCUGCUGCUAAGCGUGAAAGAGCAAUGGCAUAUGCUUUAGCUAAUCAGUGGCAGGCAGGGUCUAGACAGCAGGUAAGACCAGCUGGUUUUGAACCAGAUAAAAGCAACUGGGGCUGGAAUUGGUUGGAGAGAUGGAUGGCUGUUCGCCCCUGGGAGAACCGCUUUCUAGACAUUAACCUUAAAGAUGGGGUGAAGAUUCGUGAGAAUGGAGCUGCUGAUGUGAAGAAUGCAUCCACAACGCAGCUCAAUUCCAUAGGGAAGAAGCCUACCUCAAGUAAUGCAAAUGGGAAGGGGCCUUCUCGUUCAAGCAAUAACUCGAACAUCUCAAAUGAAAAAAGGGCUACAUCACAUUCUGACGGUUGCAGUUCAUCGCCUAACAAGUCAACCAAUGUGCAAGAAACACCAGGCACAGUUCUUUCCAGUUCGAGGUCAAAACCAAUUCUUGAAGACUUGGUUGAGGAAGCCACCUCAAGGCCCAAUGUUGUUUCAAGAUCACACAGUAAUCCUAAGGAGAGGUCAACACUCACAGAUAAACAAGGAAAGAAGCGAUUGUCCCUGCCUAACAGUGGACUAGGCGAUGGGGCUCAACCAGCCAGGCAACUCAAUAGAACUACCGUCAAAAGGUCUCCAACUGCUCAGAAACCUGUGAAGGACAAAGCAAAACCGAACGGGACCGAUACAAAGCCUUCAAGACUUAGUUCAUAAACCGAUUGUUAGCUUUGCAUAACAGCACAAGAUCCUCUUGCCAUAUAAAGCAGUGACUACUUUAUCUUGUACAUAAACGGCGCGUGCUCGUGAGUAAAUGCUAUGGCACUGUAUCAGUUCCUUAUUUCCAUUGAUGUCCUUCACCAUGACUGAGUUAAAAGAGAUGGGCUUGUUGCAGAAGUAAGAAAUGAUUGGUUACAGAGUCGACCGUUCUAUCGGAAAUUAUUGUAUUUAUUGGUUUAUCAGCAUGAUUUAUUUCUCCUACCAGAGCUGCUAUAUCUGUGGGUUUGGUAGCUGUGGAUGUAUUAUAAAACCCCUCUGUUUGUUCAUUUUGAGAGUACAGUGAUUGUUGCAUUUGUUCUGUUAUCAACGAAUUCAGUCCAGACCCAUGUUGAAGAGUGAUGUAUGUUGUAAAAGUUCCUUAGUUAUCACUGUUUCCAUUUUCUGGAAGUGAUGUUAUUCAUGGUUAUCAUCGUUUUCCAUUUUGUGGAAGUCAUUAUCUUGUUGUUAUCAACGAAUUCAGUCCAGACCCAUGUUGAAGAGUGAUGUAUGUUGUAAAAGUUCCUUAGUUAUCACUGUUUCCAUUUUCUGGAAGUGAUGUUAUUCAUGGUUA